CUCGGCAAGCCAUAAUCUGGGUGGGUGCUAAAGAUAGAGGUCAUAGGCUGGACAAGCUGAAUUACAGGUCUAAAAAAAAAAACAGAAAUAAUUCUGCAAGCAGAUGACUAUGGUUAAUGAAAUAAUGAUGGAAUGGCAAUAAGUAAAGCAAAGUUUGUAUUUAGUGGAAGCUCAGUGCUGUGUGAGUGGCAGAACCUGAAAAGAGCCUUGACUGCAGUCCCUGCACAUCUCUCUACCUCCUCCCUGCAUGAGCUGAAGGGGAGCAGGGUGUGCAAAGUGCAAGGGGAGGAGGGAGAGCCUAGGGCAGCUCUGCACUGUGACCCAGCCUUGGCUGUGAGCUUGUCUGCUCUAUGUCUGAGACUGGGAGGCUGCCCCUCCAUAUGUGUAUGUGUGUGUGUAUGUGAGUGUGUAUGUGAGUGUGUGUGAGCUCUACCGCCACCACUGCUGCCCUUUGAUCCUUGCAUUAGUGUUAGGGGCUCGGAGACACACAGGGAGCAGCCAUAGACACGGCAGCGACAGACACCGCUCAUCCUCAUGCUGUAGCCCUUUCCAUGCACAACACACAUAUACAUCACAUCCAUUCCCCAUUGAAGAAUAUUUAUUGCGACUGGGGGAGGGAGGUGAAAGGGAGGACAAGCCAGGUGCACCGAGCAAGCUCCCUGACUCCAGCCACAGCUCCUCUGCACCGACCCCGGGGCUAUUCCCCCCUUCUCCUUGGCCACUGCCUCCAUCAGCGGAGAGGAGAAUGUGAUCGACUUGGGAGAGAAGAGAAACAAUCCCUGAUCUUCUUCUACAUCUCAGUCCAAAAGGGGAGAAAAUGCCCAGGAGGAAGCAGGAGCAGCCUAAACGCCUGCCUUGUUCACAUGGUACUCGACAAGCCGAGGUGGAAGGAGAAGCAAGUGAGGAAGACUGGUUUGGAACAAAUUCUGGGACCCCAUCAGAAGCUUCCUAUGGAGAUAUUCAAGAGAAUUAUAAACUAUUACCUGAUGACAGAGGACAAGAAUCCCCCACUUCUCCUGAUACUUCUCUCGGAAGCGCAACUCCAAGUUUAAGCACGGAUUUGGGAAUUCUGGAAAGUGAAUUUUUUAAGGAUGCCACACAGUGUAAGGAGCUCUUGUCAACAUCUGCAUCCUCCAUGGAUGAGGAUGAGCAAAUUGGCGCACACAAGCCAUUAAGUAGUAAUCUGAGACGUCUCCUUGAGGCUGGUUCAGUGCAGCUUGUUACAGAAGCUGCUACAAAUGGCAGAGAUGACUCUUCACUUAAUACUUCUACAAACCUCCAAUUUUCUCCCUCUUCUCACCAUGCAAAGCAGUUGAGUGUCCUUGCAAGAAAGCUUGCCGAAAAGCAGGAGCACAGUGAGCAGUAUGGGGGAGUUUCAACCAACAGGUUUAUAUGGAGUCAGGACAAAUGGCUACAAAAUUCAAAUAACACAUGUGGCUUGUCACCUGACUCUGCUAUCCUAAAACUUAAAGCUGCUGCUAAUGCUGUUCUUCAGGAUCAGUCACAGUUAAGGACUGGUGAAAGUCUAAAGUUUGAAUCAUUUACGUCUCCAUUUAGUUCUCAGUCUGCAAGCUCCACUUUAGCAGCAUUAUCAAAGAAAGUUAGUGAAAGGGGCAUGGCAGCAGGUCAGGAGCGUCAUUCUCCAGCUGGUCCAUUCCUUUCUUUGGCUUCCAUGACCUCUUCUGCUGCUUUGCUUAAGGAAGUUGCCGCUCGUGCUGCUGGUAGUAUACUUGCUGAGAAAAAAAAGCCCCUUAUAUCAGAAGACCCUUUACCAUUGCCUGAAGAAAAUCAAGAACAGGUAACUUCAACACAAUCUUUGGAACUGCUGUUACUCCCUUCACCUAAAGGAAGGCCUUCAAAACCUGGAAACCAAGCUCCAGAAGAAGAAGUCGGGAAACCAUUCCAGUGUCCUAUUUGUGGAUUGGUAAUAAAAAGGAAGAGUUACUGGAAAAGGCACAUGGUGAUUCACACAGGUUUAAAAAGUCAUCAGUGUCCACUAUGUCCAUUUCGUUGUGCUCGCAAGGACAAUCUUAAAUCUCACAUGAAGGUCCACCAGCACCAGGACCGAGGGGAAACCUUUCAGUGCCAACUCUGCCCUUUCACCUCAUCCCGCCAUUUCAGCCUGAAACUUCAUAUGCGCUGUCACCAGCACUUUCUGCGGGCAGAGGCCAAAGUAAAGGAAGAGCCCAGUGAAACUGACAUUAAACCAGUACCUUUUAAAAAUUCUUUGGCAAGCCAGGACGAAGGGAGUGCUUCACCUGCACAAGCAAUUCUUCUUCCAGAGACCUUAAACCAGAUGAACUCUAUAGCCAUCAGUGCACUACCUAUUAAAGAAGAACCUAAAGACAAUGGCUGCCCUGUCAUUCCUUUUAAUGACAGACCUAACAGUAACAGCAGUACAACAAUGAAAGAAUCUUUAGAUUUUGUAGGUUGCCCUUCAUCACUUUUCAGUCAAGACAUCUCUGUAAAGAUGGCUUCGGAUUUUCUGAUGAAGUUAUCAGCUGCAAAUCAGAAGGAUCCCCUCUCUCUUACUUUUAAAGUGAAAGAUGAACCUGAGGAUGAAGAACCUAUUAGCUCCCUAUCCCCACAAUCAUUGUAUGGCUUUAACCAGGAAUCAGAAGGUCAGUUUUCCAGCACCCCAGAUGAUGACAGCAAGCCACAAGAAACACAGCCAAACCUGCUCACUCAAGAUAUCUCCAUGAAAGCAGCAUCAGAGCUCCUUAUGAAACUCUCAGCUGAAAGCUGUAAAGACGCGCAGACUGUAAAGAUUAAAGAGGAACCCAUGGAGGUUGACAUCCCUGACUCUUCCAUCUCCCCAAGACAGAACAUUGGUUACAGCACUUUAUUAAGGCAAGAAAAAAAUGAGCCCUCGCAGAAGGUGCCAUUGUGCCGAGUUGUUCCUGAAGGGAACCUGUUCAGCCAAGAUAUAUCUGUGAAGAUGGCUUCAGAACUUCUCUUCAAACUGUCAGAAAAAGUUAGCAGAGAACAUAAUCAUAAGUCAAAUGUCAUCCGCACCACCAGCCCCUUCUUUUCAGAAGAAAAAUGCAGACAAUCACCAUUCACCUCCAAUUUAAAAGACAUCACAAAAAGUGAAACUGUCCCACAAGGAAGACCAGAUUCUGAACCACUGGGGCUUGACACUAGCAGCGGAAUAACAGCAUGGAAACUCAGUGAACAACUCUUUCCGUGCGAUGUUUGUGGGAAAGUGUUUGGUCGACAGCAGACUCUGUCUCGUCACCUCUUGCUGCACACAGAAGAAAGAAAAUACAAAUGUCAUUUGUGCUCAUACGCUGCUAAGUGCCGCGCUAACCUGAAUCAGCAUCUGACUGUCCAUGCAGUGAAGCUGGUGAGCACGGACACCGAAGACAUUGUCAGUGCCGUUAUAUCAGAUACCAAUGAGAAAAAGAAUACCCAAUAUUUCUACAGUUGUCAUGUCUGUGGCUUUGAGACGGAGUUGAAUGUUCAGUUUGUGAGCCACAUGUCCCUCCACGUAGACAAAGAGCAGUGGAUGUACUCAAUCUGUUGCAGCACCUGUGACUUUGUCACCAUGGAGGAAUCUGAUAUGAGGACACACGUCAGCACUAAACACUCAGGCGAAGAUAGAAAGACCCCUAGUGAAUCAGUAAGCCCCUCUUCCUCGUCCUUGUCUACACUCAGUGAUUCAGCCAACAGUAAAGAUGAUUCCGACACCCCACUGAGAAACCAGAUUUCCAACAGUUUGUUGGUUAUUUCCGUAGUGCCUGACUCCCAGCCCUUUGUCAGCAAUGAAGAGAAGUCAGAGAAAGGAUUUGAGUGUGUCUUCUGCAAUUUUGUCUGCAAAACAAAAACAAUGUUUGAACGUCACCUGCAGAUCCACCUGAUCACCCGGAUGUAUGAAUGUGACGUGUGCCAUAAGUUUAUGAAGACACCAGAGCAGCUGGCAGAACACAAGAAAUGCCACACAGUCCCCACCGGUGGGCUCAAGUGCCCAUUCUGCAUUUAUUCCACAAACCGCCCCGCAGCCAUGGAGUGUCACCUAAAGACACACUACAAGAUGGAGUACAAGUGUCGCAUCUGCAAGACAGUGAAAGCAAACCAGCUGGAGCUUGAAAUGCACGUCCGGGAGCAUCGUCUUGGCAACCAUUACAAGUGUGACCAGUGUGGCUAUCUCUCAAAGACGGCUAACAAGCUAAUUGAGCAUGUCCGUGUCCACACAGGAGAGCGUCCCUUUCACUGUGACCAGUGCAGCUACAGCUGCAAGCGCAAAGACAAUCUCAACUUGCACAAGAAACUCAAGCACUCCCCACGUCAGACCUUCAGCUGCGAAGAGUGCCUGUUUAAGACCACGCACCCAUUUGUCUUCAGUCGUCAUGUCAAAAAGCACCAGAAUGGUGAAUUCAUGGAAGAGGAGAAGAAACUCCCUACUCCAGCUCUAAAAGAGGUUACUCCCUUGCUAACUGUUAAUGACUCUAGGAGCCUUUUAUCGCCUCUCUCCGUCAUGUCUGCUUCGCAGGCUCUACAAACAGUGGCCAUGUCUGCUGCCCAGAGCAGGGGCGCUGACCCACAUUUAGCACUUAAAGCCUUUGCAGUAAACUGUACCUCAUCUAGCUUUGAUAGGUACCAGAACUCUGAAGUUGCUCAUCUCAUUCCCUUAACAAUGCUUUUUCCCAAGAACCAUUACGAUGUCACAUUCCAUCCACCCCGACCUCAGACGGCACCACCCGGUGUCUCCACACCUAAGCACUCCUUCCUUGCUUAUCUUGGACUAACGGAAAGGGCAAAAACUGUUUAAGGGCAGCCCUUGCCCUGUCUCAGAUACCCAGCAGGUAUACAUUGCUGCAAAAUAUAGGUUUGAAAGGUAUGAAAAUGUGUUCUGUAUAUCUCUAGCAAGGUUAGUUAAUGGACUCUGUGUGUAUACUUCUUACAUUUACAUAAAAGCUGCUUAAUUACGGCUUCAGAAAGGUAACCUACUGCAAAAUUCUACGUAUCAAAAAAGGCUGCUUCCCUAUACCUCAGCGUAGACUGAAGGCCCCAGAAGGAUCUAAGCACUUAACAAAUUACAGGUUUAUUUUUUUGGGAAACAUAUUUUGCCCUAACAGUCGCAAUAGUUUGCUCCACCUAGUUUUUAUUUCUAUCCCCAAACUGUUGCUAAAUUGAUUUUAACCCAUUAGUGACCACGGCCAACUUUAACUCUGCAUGUGCCACUGCAGAGUGAGUGGUAGUUCUGGGAUUUACAGCAUAUGUUUGUGCCAGGCUGGUGCAGAGUAUACAGAAAUAUAUGUACAUUGUGUGGUCUUUAAUAUGUUUAGCCAAAAUGGUUUUUGGUGAAAGUAUAUUUAUUAGUUUUUUCCAUGUAUAUACUAUAUAUUUAAAUUCUAUACAAACACCACACCCCAGAAAAAGCCCAAUAUUUAUUUUAAAAAAAAUCUAACAAACAUGCACAGCCAUUCUCUGACAUCCUAUUGUUUAAAAAAAAUCCAGACAUUUGUUUUUUUCCCUUCUCACAUGCAUAGUUUAUUUUUAAAGGGAUACUGACCAUUUUGGAAAUAUAGUAGCUUUGUCCCCACAAGGGCCUGGUGCCAUGGGGAGAGUACUUCUGUCUGUAAUCUUCUUCUGAUUGCUGCUCCAUUUGAAAGCCAACCUACAGCCACUUUUGCUUCUGACAUCCAUCAAUGCCAACAGUCAGAACCUUAACAUUUGUACCCCCUGAAACACAGCAAAGUCAGGUCCUAGAAACGACAAGGGAACUGUAUUUUUAGAAAUGGCCGUAUAAAGGUAUAAAUUAUAAAAUAAUGAUUUGCUAUGAUUACAAUGGAGCUUUAUAGCUUCACUCUACUCUUACAGACGUGCUGCUGGAUUUGUUAUUUUAAUGGUUAUUUUUGACAAAACAAUAGACAUUUCAGGUGUUAUUUUAACUGCAUCUCCUUUAUAGUUGAGUUAUCCCCUACCAAAAUGAGAGCAUGUUUUAUAUAUAGAAUCACUAGCCUGUCAGUGCUUGGCAUGAGAUUGUAAUGGCAUUGACACACAGAGUGGUGUAAAGGGACUUCAAGAGAAAAGUCAAAGACAGAAAAAGUUGUUAUUGGCACACAAUAGUGAUUAUCUUCUCAAUAUGAAGAAAUCCUUUUUUAGGGGGAUAAUCAAUAUUCAUAAAAAUAUCCCUUACUACAGACAAGCUGAUUGGCAGAAUCACUGAGACAUAACUCCCUUUGUGACAUUAGUCUACUUCCCAGAAACUUGAAAAAUCUUGGUCUGAAUGAUCAUUGCAGCUUUGCUAUUUCCAUUGGCUUAUUUAAAAUCCCUUAUACAAAGGCUAAACCUUACAUUCCUGCUGAGAUAAUAUGGAGGGAACAAAUGAAAUAUAACAUGCAAUGUGUGCACAUAAACGUGGGAGAUGUGAUAAAAAAAAAUGAGAGUAAGGGUGCUUCACAUUUCACAAACUUGUAUUUCUGCAGUUUUAGUGAAGGAUGUAAAGAUGCGGCAAGUAUUUCCUUGGUGGUUAUAUAGUUAGUGUAUGGUACUGGGGUUUGUAGUCCAGGAACAAACAGAAAGCCACUGGUUGGCUACAUUUGUAUGGGAUGCAGUAAAAAUACAUGUUUCUGGAAAACAUUGAAAUAUAGAAGCGAAUGCAAGGCACUAUUCAGCCAUUUCAGUAGGGAUGCACUGAAUGCAGAACUCUGGUUGGGACUAGCACAUUUUAAAGAAUUCUGAUGCAGUAGAUUCCUAAGUGUUCAGAUGAACCAAAUCUGAAUAUUUCAAUUUGUGCGAAGUUAAUGCUCUUGGGAACUUAACAUCUCAAUUUUUGUUCACAGGUUAUUUUGUUUUGUUUUUUUCCAUUUGAAUUUGGAUUAGUAUUCUACUAAACAUUUUGUGGAUGAUUCAGUAUUCAGCUGAAUCCAAGACAUUUCAGGGCAUCCCUGUUUCUAAGGGAAGCAGCUGCCGCAGUAUCGUGGCUCCCAUCAUCCCUGCUCUUGAACUCCAAGCAUUCAACCCCAAUUGGGGAUACCGGGAAAUGUAGCUCAUUUACAGCUUGAAACUGGCAAGAUAAAUUAUUAAAUGACGCGGCCCUGUAGGUUUUGUUUCUUGUACCUACAGGUACCUAUGUACGGAUAAUGUUUUAAAGGCAGAAAAGCAAAGGUUUAACCUUUGAGGCAGGCAGAUUCCAUUUUAAGUAUUUUAGUUUGUAAAAGAAGAGGAAGAAGACGGGAAAAAUAUAGAAGAAAUACAGUGGGUACUGUUCUUUUCUGAGACCGUGUUAUUGUUAGAAACAUGGCUAUUUUAAAGUCCAUUUAAAGGAUUAAAAAGGGUUAAGAGAAAUGCUGGGUAUGAAGUACCCAGGAUAAACAAGGCAGUUUUGCACAGUGCUUAGUAUUGCACUUUUCUUUGUCACUCAUUUACAAGCCAAUUGUAGAGCAUGAGCUGAGUUGGUAUAGCUCCGAGCUGUAGGGCUGACAUAUUAGGUCUAUGGUGCACACAGCAUUAACAUUGCUGCUACUUGUUCGCACAUUAUCCAGGGCUGGUAGUGGAUAGUAGGUAGCAGCAAUCAAAAUGUAGUGUAUGAAAUUACCCUUUGACUCCCUUCCACGUGUACAUAGGCAAGAAAACGUACAGACUUUGUUUUUCCUGCACAUGACAACCGUCUGCUUAAAAGACAAACAGAUCCAUUCAAAAACAUUUGACAGAAAGAAAGACAGACCCUAAACUUGAGAGAGUGUUUGCUUACUAGAUGUUAUGGAUCAAAGGGAAAGAAAAGCACUUUCAGUAUUUUUAGCUUAUUUUCUCAGUUUUUUUGUGUUUCUAAACAUUUGACUAAAUUGCUGUUACUGUUGAGGGUGGCCUUAAAGCUCUCUAAUAAUACUAUUACUUGUAUAUAUAAUUAUAAUUUUCUUCUUUACAUGCCUAACAUUUAGGUGGCAGGAUCUGCGGAGAAGGUCCAAUAGAUUUAAUGUACUAGGCUGACCAGCCAUAACUGUCGUUAAGGUGUUCCAGAAACCUAGGCGUGUUUUGUGGUCACUGUUUGAGCUGUAUCAUGUGACACGCCUAUAUUUAAUGAUAGUUAAAUGGGCGGCGCCUGUUUUCACAGAUAUUUGGAAUGAGUCGGUGCCAUGGGUGCUUUAUGUGUGAAAUACACUCCUAUAUAAAAGCAAAUGAUAAAGAAUAAACCAGGAUAAUAUAAGUGGCAGUUCCUAAUGGGCCACAUGACCCAAUAUUGAAGUAACUGACUUACUUCACCCAACAUCUUGGGAUUUAGUAUCACUUCCCUGGGAAAUGAAUAAUGAUGCAGUAAAACCCACUUUCAUCUCCACUAUUAAUCCCAGUAUUCUGAGCAUCGCUGAUGUCCUACAGAAAGAUGACUGGAAGUCCCAAGACAUUUCUAGACACCCAUUGCCUUUUCAGUUAACGUAUUCUUUUAAGACCAUUAUAUCUGAGUUUCCUAUGGGAGAGCUUCUGCGCAUGGCGUCUGUCCUAUUGUUUUUCUGAAAUAUACCCCUCUGCUCUACUUUAUUAUUCCUUAUGCUUGGAAGCUGUUACUUUACACAGUAGAACUGCUGCUGAUUACCUUGGUGGCUUGAGGAACCAUUGUAAUUCAAAGACAGAAUAAAAUGUGUUUUGUACGAACGUA